GAGCAGAUGCGUCAUUCAAAACAAAGCCACUGCCCUGAGUGGGAUGACAGGAGGAGCUGGGAUCAGAGAAAGCACAGCAGCAGCCGGAAACGCAGGAAGCGGUCCCACAGCAGCGGACAAGAAAGCAAGCACUAUAAGCCAAAUCAUGUUUCUGAAAGGUAUAAGACUGAACUGAGUAGUGCUAAUAUUUCUUCUUGUAUCUAAAAUAAAUACAUGACCAGGAUAAGAGUUUCUAGAUGCGCAGAGCUGUAAAUUCCUGAAGGUUUGACUCGAGACGAGCUUAAGAGGUAGUUUGUACGCAGUAUUCAAGUCAUUAAAUAGAAAUUCUUUAAUAAAAGCAGUAAAUGUUACUAGUUUGGUUCACAAUGGUCAGUUAAACAUUCAGUAUUAAAUUUGAAGUGAAAAGUGUGUCUGUUCACUUUUAAUGUGAACAAAAGGAGGGGAAGAGAAGGUUUGUGUAGUCAUGUAAUACAAUGGUAAGUAUGAGCUAGAUUUUGCUUACAUUUGGAGGUGGUUUGCUUUUUCUUCCGCACUGCUUUCACUGGAAGGACGUGUUUUUCUGUUUUUUUCCUUGAGAAGAUGAUCCCAUGGAAUUCUUUUAAGAGCUCAUACACAUGCUGGUAAAAUGCUGGAAGGGGAAUGUGUACAGCAACCUGGGGCUCCUUCCCUCUGCAGCUUUAAUGCUAUUUGGCUUUUGUUUUUUUCUGGGCAGAAGAUUCUUGAUCCAGAUACUUCAAGUAUUUAAUGUUUAAGGUAGAGCACUAAGGAACAAUACUGCUUAGAAUCUCCAGGUUCUGCUUUUCCUUUUUAAUGCUUGGAGCUUUGAAAGUGCAGAAGGGGGUUAUUGUUGUAGCACAAGCAUUUUAUCCUGUGACUUCGGAGACUGGAACUUGUUUCGUGCAUUUGAGAAAGUUUUUUUGUUUUUUUUUGAGGCCGAAUUUCUUUCAUACUAUGCAAACUGUGAACUGAUGUUGUAUUGUUCAUGUGGAUGGCUACUAUGUAUUUGAGACUGGCGAUGUCAUUAGUUCCUAAUAAAGUAAUGUGAAAAGCUCCACUUCUUUUGAGGAGGGAGUUAAUUAGAAAAGUUCUUUGGUGUAAAGACGGAUACUGUGUAACUCAGUUCAAUCACUUAUCUUGUUGGAACCGCUAGUUUUUGAAGUGGAGAACAUUCACUUAAAAUAUAUUUUCAGUCAUUAUUUGGACGAUAGAGCCAUAAAUGAAAGAGACCAUCAUGACCGGAGAUAUGUUGAGGAGUACAGGAAUGACUUCUGUGAAGUAUAUGACCACAGGCAUUAUCACAGAGACUAUGAAAAGAGUCACCAUCAUCACUAUAGCAAAUCCUCUGGUCGGAGCAGGAAAAGUAGUCAUAAAAGGAAGCAUAAGAGGCAUCAUUGCUCCAGUCACCAAUCACAUUCGAUGAAAUUGUUGCGACUUUAGGAGAAGGAGCUUUUGGAAAAGUGGUGGAGUGCAUAGAUCAUGAUAUGAGAGGAAUGCAUGUAGCAGUUAAAAUUGUGAAAAAUGUUGGUAGAUACCGAGAGGCAGCCCGUUCAGAAAUACAGGUGUUGGAACACUUAAACACCAUGGAUCCAAGCAGCACUUUCCGCUGUGUCCAAAUGCUGGAAUGGUUUGAUCAUCACGGCCAUGUCUGCAUUGUUUUUGAGCUGCUUGGACUUAGCACAUAUGAUUUCAUUAAGGAAAACAGCUUUCUGCCAUUUCAUAUUAAUGACAUUAGAAAUAUGGCUUAUCAAAUCUGCCAAUCUAUAAACUUUUUACAUCAUAAUAAAUUAACUCAUACAGAUUUAAAGCCUGAAAAUAUUUUGUUUGUGGAGUCUGAUUACAUAGUGAAGUACAACGCAAAAAUGAAGCGAGAUGAACGCACUUUAAAGAACACAGACAUAAAGGUUGUUGAUUUUGGGAGUGCAACUUUUGAUGAUGAACAUCACAGCACGUUGGUGUCCACGAGACAUUACAGGGCUCCUGAGGUUAUCUUAGCACUGGGAUGGUCUCAACCCUGUGAUGUUUGGAGUAUUGGUUGCAUUCUAAUUGAGUAUUACCUGGGAUUUACAGUGUUUCAGACACACGAUAGUAAAGAACACUUGGCAAUGAUGGAAAGAAUCCUGGGGCCUCUGCCAGCUCACAUGAUCAAGAAAUCCAGGAAGCAUUAUUUCCACCAUAACCAGUUGGACUGGGAUGAGCACAGUUCUGCAGGCCGAUACGUCAGGCGGCGUUGUAAGCCUUUAAAGGAAUUCAUGCAUUGCCAAGACACGGACCAUCAAAGUCUGUUUGACCUUGUUCGCAGGAUGCUAGAGUAUGAUCCAGCCAAAAGAAUUACUCUUGAUGAAGCCUUGCAGCAUCCUUUCUUUGACCCAUUAAAAAAAUAAAUGAAUUCCAAGGUCUUUUAUGCUUCUCCAAGGAGAUUUCCUAGACUGUGUCAGUCAACAGAGGUUGCAUGAAACUUUUGUAAACUUUUAAGUUAUUUUGUACAGUUAAGUCUGUAAAUACUUCUGUUUUGUAAACUGUCAUGUUUAUCUUGUUGAGCAGUUGUAGUCUUGAUUAUGGAUAUCAAAGUGAAAAAUAAAAGUGAUUUUCAUUUUU